AUGGUUCCUUAUCGUCGUCCUUUCAACUUGAAAAAUCUUCUUGGUCUGAUCCAACAGGCAUUGAUCGUCGCCUUUCUGUGUGCCAACGUCAAGCCAGCGAAUGGACAGAAUGGAAACGGUGGAUCCAGUGGACCAAACUACGACUGCUCGUUGACCUUACAAGACGGAUCUACUUUGAUCGGUAAUGACAUCAACAAUGUGGAUGGCGUGACGUUUUCUACAGCAGGCACUCUUACCUGCAACGCAGUGUCACCAGCUCGAAUUGGUCCUUGUCAUGGUGCCACAAUUUCUUUCUGCCUCAGUGUGGUUUGCAAUAGCAACGCUUGCCAAAAUGCUGAUCUUUCCAGGGGCGUUGAAGCAGUGGAAUGCAAAGACAUCGCUGCCUGCUAUGGCGCUAAGCUUCCUGCUAUCUCCACAAUGACCUUACAAAAUGACUCCUCUUUGCUUGGUAAUGCCAUCAACAGUGUAACUGGUGUUACCAUUUCCACAGCAGGCACUCUUACCUGCGAAGCGACGUCGCGAAACAACCCUGGCCCUUGCAAUGGUGCCACAAUCUCUAACUGCCUCAUUGUGGUUUGCGAAAGUAACGCCUGUCGAAAUGCUGAUCUUUCCACCAUCGAUGCGGUGCUAUGCCAAGGCGUCGGUGCCUGCGAUAGUGCUUAUCUUCCAGCUCUCUGUACCGUUACCUACCCAGAUGGAGCAACAUCUAUCGGUGCAGCAAUCGGAGAGUCUGAUGCCCUUGUUUAUGAUGCCAGCACCAACUCCUUAACCUGCCGUGAUUGUGAUGGGUUGACUAUAUCUGGAUGCUCAAGAGUGGUUUCCCCCAGUGUCUGUACUUUGUUUCGGCCAGAUGGUAUUGCCUAUUCCGGGGCGGCUCUUUCCACCCUUGCCGACGUAGAGUUUCAUGCAAAUACAAACAGUCUGACGUGCAAGGAACAUAAUGGUCUUUUUACUGGGCUCUGCAAAUAUGACAUUUCCUACAAUUCACCCACAAUUUCUGGCUGCAGCCAGCUCAUCUGUGAAAAGAAUGCUUGUUGGGGAGCAGAAAUUACUGGGAUUCCUUCCAUUGAGUGUACCGGUUUUUCUGCCUGUGACGAGGCCACAAUCAAAGAGCUGCCAAAUGAUGCGCUUGUCAAAUGCGAAGGAAAUAAAGCGUGUCUCAACACAGAGAUCACUGCAGCAGUCAGCUCUAGUGGUUCUCGGGUUAUUUGUGAUGGUCAGAAUGCUUGCACUGCCAGUAGCCCAUUCGAGACAAUCAUCAACGUUGAUUGCCUUGAAUGCAAAUCAUCUGAUGCAUGCCUUAAAAAUCCAAGUACUGGCUGUGAAUUCCAUGGAGCGCUUUGCCAGGAUGGUCCUCAAGGAAGCUGCCCAUGCAGCUUGACCAUGUCCACGGGAGAAGUCUAUUUGGAGCAGGACAUCAACACCCUUACUGAUGUCUCCUAUGACUCUAAUGCCAACAGCAUCCUUUGCGAAGGCCAAUUGCAGGGUCAAUGCCGGGAUGGAACAAUCAUGGCAUGCCCUACAGUUGAGUGCAGCACGCGGGCCUGUAAGGGAACCACAGUCUGGAAACCAAAUGACUUGGACUGUGUUGGCCUAUGGGCUUGCAAAGAGGCUGUCCUCAAGGAACUCCCUUCUGGUGCUACAGCCGCCUGCAAUGGGGAUAGAGCAUGUGUGGACGCUGAAUUCACCACAGAAGAAGGACAAGGAGGUGUCACUGUGGAUUGCAUUGACAUUGGAAGCCAGGCGUGUCUACGAGCCACCCUCGAUGGCAGUUCCUUGUAA